AUGGAGCACAAGACGACUGAUCGAACCUCGGAUGAGGUGCCUUUUCUUGCUGACGAGGAGAAAGACGUCUUUAUAAUUUCGAAGCGACUGUCGAGACGAGAAAAAUGGGCACAUCUUUUGCCCUACUCUGGCGUGCUGAACAUAACGCUACUACUAGUACUACUCGCCACAUGGAUCUUGCAAAGACACGACUCGAACAAGGCGUAUAUUCCAAAUGAGAUAUACUCACCUGCACAAUCUGCGGUUGAAUAUCAAACAGUUGUUUUCAGUGGUGGUCUGCGAGAUGACAAGUCGAAAUUCCAAGGCUCUUCAAGCGAUGUAGACGCUCAAUGGGAUGAACUUUACAAUCAAGUGUUAAUAUCCCAAAUUACUGCCGAAUCAGCUGCAAAACUCCCCAACGCAACAACCCCAUUCACAAACGAUGCUAGUCGCUACAUUGUGGAACUCGAUGUUUUUCAUCAACUACAUUGCCUUAAUAUGCUGCGCAAGCUGGCAUAUCCCGACGUCUACAAGACUGAUUUGACAUCAGGCUCGGAAGAAGCUGCUGACAAUAUUUAUCAUAUGGAGCAUUGCUACGAGCAACUGAGACAGUCGCUCCAAUGUUCGUCAGAUAUCAGCACGAUAUAUUGGGAAUGGAGUGAGAAGAAGCAGAAAAUGUUUGGGAACGUGAGGACGACGCAUACGUGCAAGAAUUUUGAAAAGAUUAGAGAUUGGGCGGUAGAGCAUAAGGCCCAGACCGAUUUGGACUUCUUUAAGUAUGUAAAAGGAGCACCAAUACGACAAGAUUAG